UAUGGCCACCAACACAAUUAAUGUAACAGCUGCAUUGCCAAAGCCUAUGAAGGCAACGUCAAAUGGAGCGUUUCAGCAUGAGAAUCCAUUAGAUUAUGCGCUUCCUUUGUUGAUCCUUCAGAUAUGUUUGGUCGUCGCUUUUACAAGGACCCUUGCAUUCCUUCACAAACCCCUCAGGCAACCCAGAGUCAUUGCUGAGAUCAUUGGAGGAAUACUGCUUGGACCAUCUGCUUUGGGAAGAAGCGAGAGAUUUCUUCACACGGUGUUCCCACCCAAGAGCAUGACUGUCCUGGACACGGUCGCCAACAUCGGUCUCCUUUUCUUCUUGUUUUUGGUGGGUUUAGAGCUUGACAUUCGAUCCAUUCGUCGCACUGGAAAGAAGUCCUUGGCAAUAGCCGGCGCUGGCAUCACCCUUCCUUUCCUUUUAGGAAUCGGCACCUCAUUUGUUCUUCGUUCCACCAUAUCCAAAGGAAGCGCUCACGCCCCUUUCCUUGUCUUCAUGGGCGUCUCUCUCUCCAUCACCGCUUUCCCAGUCCUGGCCCGUUUUUUGGCGGAACUCAAGCUUCGGGUUCUUAUAGAGAAGAUAGAGGAUCUUGUGGCGGGGCUCUUUCUGCCACUCUAUUUCGCAUCCAGCGGGCUCAAGACCAACGUUGCAACCAUAAGUGGAGCACAAUCUUGGGGCUUGCUUGUGCUCGUAAUUGCCACGGCUUGUUUCGGUAAGAUAAUUGGGACAUUGAUUGUGUCAAGGAUGUUUUUUAAGGUGCCCUUUAGAGAAGCUGCGGCUCUUGGAUUCCUAAUGAACACCAAAGGCUUGGUGGAGCUCAUUGUCCUCAAUAUCGGCAAGGAUCGCAAGGUGCUCAAUGAUCAGACUUUUGCCGUUUUAGUUUUAAUGGCGCUGUUCACCACCUUCAUCACUACGCCAAUCGUGAUGGCCGUGUAUAAGCCUGCUAGAAAGGGAGCGCCUUACAAGAACCGUACUGUCAAACGCAAGGAUCUUGACACAGAGCUUCGACUGCUGGCCUGCUUCCAUAGCAGCCGCAAUAUUCCUACUAUGAUCAACCUUGUGGAGUGUUCCCGAGGAACACGGCAGCGAGGACGCCUCUGCGUGUAUGCCAUGCACCUCAUGGAACUUUCAGAGCGAUCAUCUGCAAUUUCAAUGGUUCAUAAAGCCCGCAAAAAUGGACUCCCUUUUUGGAACAAGAAACGUGAUGAUAGAGAUCAAAUGGUGAUUGCUUUUGAAGCUUAUCAGCAACUCAGCAGUGUCACCAUCCGUCCCAUGACUGCCAUCUCUGCUCUCAACACUAUCUACGAGGACAUCUGCACCAGCGCACACCAAAAGCGUGCUGCCAUGAUUCUCCUCCCAUUCCACAAGCACCAGAGAGUGGACGGAAGCUUGGAGUCUUUGGGGCAUUCGCUGCAGGAGGUAAACCAGCGCGUCCUCCGUCAUUCUCCAUGUUCUGUUGGUAUUCUCAUUGACCGUGGCUUCGGAGGCACCACCCAAGUCUCGGCCAGUGAUGUGUCCUCCAAGAUUGUAGUCCCUUUCUUUGGAGGUAGUGACGACAUGGAAGCUCUAGCCUACGGGAUGAGAAUGGCGGAGCACCCUGGAAUCAUGCUUACGGUCCUUAAGUUUGUGCCCGCAUCAGGGAAGACGCUAUUGACAUUAGAAGGCCACGAUACCAAUGUGAACAGGGUUGAGAAUGACAAAAAUUCUAACAGCCAGGCUGAUAGCGAGAUCUUCUUCUCUGAAUUCGUCCAGCAUGCUGCCAAACAGCUGCAAGAUUCAGUGACACAUGAGGAAAGAGUGGUAGAGAGUAAGGCAGACGUUGUUGCAGCAUUGAAAUCAAUGAGCAAGAGCAAUCUCUUCAUGGUAGGAAGAAUGCCACCCAUAGCUCCUCUGUUGAUCUCAACCGACACUCCAGAACUGGGUCCUGUUGGAAGCAUUUUGGCAUCCUCCAACUUCUCCAAUACAGCAUCCGUUUUGGUGAUCCAACACUAUUAUCCAAAUGGAAAUCUUCAUCCGUUCGUUGAGGAAGAAGAAAACAAAGUCACGGAUGAUGGCACAGAUACACUGGUUUAGUUGACAUAUAUUGCUAUACAAGACAUCAGCCUAUGAAUAUCCGUUCAGAACAGCCUCUUCAUUAAUUUUUUUUUUUCAC